UUCAACACGAUGACAUCGCCAGUGUUUGCUCUCUUACUCACAUGCUUGUUCUUGGGGAAAAUGGAUCAGACUGCAGGUCUGGAUUCCUCCCCAACUGUUCGUCAAGAGACACGAUUUGUAUCAGUUGAAACUGGAGAAGAAUUGACUUUACAAUGUUCCUAUAAAGGUGAAGGUGUUGCUGCACGGCUUUACUGGUUUAAGCAAACUCUAGGACAGAAACCAAAGCUCAUUUCUUCUUUCUUUAAAUAUAAUGUAAAAAAGACUUUUCACAAUGAAUUCAAGAACAAUCCACGCUUCACAUUGGAUAUAGAAAAUGGAAAACAUCACUUGACAAUCAAAGAUUUACGCCUUUCAGACUCGGCUACUUACUACUGCAUUAAUUUUCUAUACACAUUAGACUUUUCAGAGAGCCUUUUUGUAAGUGUAGAAGGUUCAGGUUUGAAGGUCCCAGCUACGGUCCACCAGUCAGCGUCUGAGAGCAUCCAGCCAGGAGGCUCUGUGACUCUCACCUGUACAGUACACACUGGGACCUGUGAUGGAGAACACAGUGUUUACUGGUUCAAGAAGUCAGAAGAAUCUCAGCCAGGACUUAUUUACACCCAUGGAGACAGGACUGAUCAGUGUGAGAGGAAACCCAACACACAAACACACACCUGUGUCUACAAGCUGCCGAUGAAGAGUCUGAGUCUUUCUCAUGCUGGGACCUACUACUGUGCUGUUGCCUCAUGUGGACACAUUCUGUUUGGAGACGGAACCCAGCUGGAGUUAGAAGAUGAGGUGGUCUCUGUCUUGGUGUAUUUCUUGAGUGGAACUACAACAUUCACCACCAUCCUGAGUGUUUUACUGUCUCUCACAGUGUGCAUGAUGAACAAGGGACACAGCCGCCAAUCUAAUGAGUCUGAAGUCAAAUGUCCAGCUCCCCGACCAGCAAACGCAAAGGGUUACCGACACGCUGAAAACCUUUAUUAUGCUGCUUUAAGUGCCGACCUGUCCAUCGGAUCAAGAGGACAGAGGGAUUCCACCUGGACUGAAUGUGUGUACUACAGCGUAAAGCAGUAG